AUGACCACCUACGACAUGCUAAUCCUCAACGGACUCGUCGUAACCGAAACCAGCAUCUCGGCGUCCGACAUUGGGAUUGUGGGUUCGAAAAUCGCCAAAGUGGGACCGCGAGGCAGCUUCAGCGAAGCUCGCGCUCUGCGGACCAUUGACGCAGAGGGCGGGUACGUUACGCCGGGGGGUGUCGAUGCCCACGUGCACGUGCAAGAGCCGCCGUUGUUCGGGCAAGGCAGCACGGCCGACGACUACGAGAGCGGGAGCCGGUCGGGCGUGUGCGGGGGCACGACGAGCAUGAUUACGUUUGCGGUGCAGAAGAAGAGCGAGGAUUCGGUGCUGGAUACGGUUGCGGCGACGCAUGAGCGCGCGAGGGGAAACUGCUAUAUUGACUAUGGGUUCCACGUGAUUGUGGGAAACCCGUCGGUGACGGCGCUGUCCGAGUUCAGGGCGCUGAGGGACUUGGGGGUUUCGUCGCUCAAAAUCUACAUGACGUAUGCUGCGUUGCAGCUGCACGAUGGCCAGAUUCUCGAUGUGCUGCUCGAGGCGCGCAACCAGGGCAUAACCACCAUGGUGCAUGCGGAGAACGGACAGGUCAUAGACUGGAUGACGGCACAGCUCGAGAAGCAGAGGCGCUUUGAGCCCAAGUACCAUGCAUCGGCGCAUCCGCCCAUGGCCGAGACAGAGGCGACGUACCGGGCCAUCAGCCUUGCCGAGUUUGUGGAUGCUCCCAUGCUCAUUGUGCAUGUGUCGGCACCGGGCGCUGCGCUGCACAUCCGCCAGGCCCAGGACCGCGGGCUGCCCGUCUAUGCCGAAACGUGUCCGCAGUACCUGUUCCUGACGGCACACGACCUGGCGGCGCCGGGCUUCGAGGGGGCCAAGUGCGUGUGCUCGCCGCCGCCGCGCGCGAGCCAGGCCGACUGCGAUGCCAUUUGGAGCGGUCUGGCCGAUGGCACCUUCACCAUCCUGUCGUCAGACCACUGUCCGUUCCGCUACGACGACGCUGAGCACGGCAAGAAGUCGAGUGUCACGGCCGAGUUUCCAUUGGGCCACUUCAAGUACAUCCCCAACGGGUGUCCCGGGAUAGAGACGCGACUCCCCCUCACGCUGAGCGCAAACCGCAUCUCGAUGCAGCGCUUCGUCCAGGUCACGGCGGCUAACCCGGCAAAGCUAUAUGGCCUCUACCCUCGCAAAGGAGCACUGACCGAGGGCGAGUCAGAUGCCGACGUCGUGAUUUGGUAUCCUGAAGGGGCGAUGAAGCGCUUUGUGUUGACGAAUGACAUGCUGCAUCACAAUGUGGAUUAUACGCCGUUUGAGGGCGCUACAAUCACGCAGUGGCCCAGGUAUACGCUUCUCAGGGGACGGGUCGUCUGGGACAGAGAUGACGGGGGACUGCUGGGCGAGAAGGGCUAUGGGCGCUUCUUGAAGAGGGAACAGAGUAGUCUGGCGAGGCCGAGGGUGGCGGGCGAGUGGGUGCUGCCGCUGUAG